AUGUCAAAUACGGAGGAGGAUUUUUUGCAAGAUUUAGAAGGUGAUUUAGGGUCUUUUAUUGGUGAUGAAAGUGAAGAAGAUGAGCUAUCUAAGUUAAGGAGCUAUAUCGACCAUUACCAGCCUGUUAAGCUUUCCAACUACCAGAAUUUGGACAUCCAGGAUGUAACUUCUUUUCCGAAGUUUGAACCAAGCAUUAACGAAUUAAUAUCCAGACCAAACGAUGAAGAUUUGGCACAGACCCUCACAAUACUAAAUUCGUUGACAUACAUUGCACAGAAUGAAAUUACAGUGCUGCACAAUCUCCUGAAAUUGAUCUAUGGUGUAAAAUUUGGAGAAUUGGAAAGUUUGGUUCCUCAACCUCAACAAUUUGCCGAUGUGAUUCGAAUUAUUGAAACUAAUGAAGGAAAUUUCGAAACAGACGCUCAACUGAGUAAGGAACAAGUGCUAGUCCUUAACAUGUCGAUGAAAUCUUCAUUUCAAGCCCAUGUGAAUGUGGAUAAGGACAAAGUUCUGCAAUUGCGUGACCUUUUGAUGACUGUCAGUAGGAUACGAAACGAAAUAAAUUCAUUUAUUUUAUCUAAGGCCAGUUUGGUAGCCCCCAAUCUAUGUUUGCUAAUAGGUCCUGAAGUCACUUCAUUGCUUUUGUCACACUCAGGUGGUGUGCUAGAGCUGAGUCAAGUACCCAGUUGUAAUCUGGCGUCAAUUGGUAAGAACAAGCAUCUAUCUCAUGAAUUGCAUACAAACCUUACAGGUGUAAGACAAGAAGGUUACAUCUACAGGUCAUCGCUUGUACAGGAACAGCCAUUAGAGUUUCGCAAGCAGAUGCUACGUAUGGUUUGUGCAAAAGUAGCUCUUGCCGCCAGGGUGGAUGCUGGUCAUCCCCAAGAUGGGCAAUUAGGUCUCCACUGGAAAAAUGAGCUCCUAGAAAAGAUCCAAAAAUUAAGAGAGCCACCUCCAGGUAUUUCUACAACUAAACCAUUACCUGUACCUGAAGAUCAACCCAAAAAGAAGAGAGCAGGUAGAAAGUUUAGGAAGUACAAGCAACAGUUUCAGUUGUCUCAGCUAAGACAGUUACAAAACCGUAUGGAGUUUGGUAAAGCUGAGCAAUCUGUCACCGAUGAUGCUGGUGAAGAACUCGGGCUUGGUAUGGCUAAAUCUUUACGGAAUGUUCCUGUGACGCAAGGAAACAGUGCAAAGAUGUCAAAAGCCAUGAAACGUAGAAUGGACCAAGUUAAUGAACAGGCAAAGACUUUCAUGCUAGAUUUGGGGGAGCAACCUUCUGAGAAGGAUAAUGAAAAUAAUGAUUGGUUUAAACAUCAUAUGGGCGAUAAAUAG